UGGCUGGGGAAAACUAGACAUUUCUAACUCGUUUUGGAACUACCAAUAGGCCUAUUUUAGACAUAGGCCAAGUCUACAUUAGGUCACCAAGAUGCAUGCAUAGAAGAUUCAUUCGUUUAGGGAUUUGUUUGCUCCUCUUAUUUUUUCUUGGGCCAUCGUUUUAGAGACCCAGACCCAAAACAUUUCGAUGAUGGCCUUUGCCAUGCUGCGGCCAAUUGCGACUCAUCUGAUCAGCUACCCGGACCUGAGUAUGAUGUCCGAGGACGAGGAGAACCGCAGCGAGAGCGACGGCAGCUCGGAUCAGAGCUAUGGAUGCUGUGCAGCCGCGGACAAACGGCGGAGGAUUUCUCUAAAGUCGGGAGGGAGCAGUGUUGUCAUUGUGAAACAGCGGAACGCAGCCAAUGCCAGGGAGCGCGACCGAACCCAAAGUGUCAACACUGCAUUUACUGCACUUCGGACUCUAAUACCCACUGAGCCAGUGGACAGAAAGCUCUCCAAGAUUGAGACGCUUCGCCUCGCAUCAAGCUACAUCUCCCACCUCGCCAACACCCUGCUGCUCCGUGACGGGAAUGGAGAUGGACAACCUUGUCUUGGCGCGGUUUACGCGCAAGGAGAGAGCAGAGGAAAGCAGCCUCGCACCAUCUGCACCUUCUGUUUGAGCAACCAAAGAAAAGGGAUAAAGGAUAGCAAAGACUGUCUGAAGAUGAGAGGCGUUGAUUCUCUGAGGGUGAACCGCAGAUAGAAGGCCGUGAAACACAACAGCCAGAACCAGAACUCCUCAUCCAUAAACUCAGGGAACACUAAAAGCAGGCCAUAACAGAACCAUUCUCAUCAUGCUGGAGAACAUUAUAUCACAAGAGACUAUUAAUGCUUGAGAGAAUACCGUGAGAGGCACGGAACAAACCAAUGUCCAAUGUGAAUGAAGCCUUUAACAAAUGCAGUGCAUUUAU